GAAGUGAUUUGCACGUUGGUGGCAAGCAUGGCUCCAGGUGGGAAGAUCAACAGACCAAAAACAGAAUUGGGGAAGAAUCUUUUCAAGAGGCGGAGGGUUCUGACAAAACAGAAGAGGAAGAAGCAUCGUAUUGUUGGCGCGGUGGUGGAUGAAGGUCUCAUAACUAAACACCACCUGAAAAAGAGGAGCACCAGCUCCAGGGCGAACAUCACCCUGUCUGGGAAGAAAAGACGGAAGUUGCUGAAACAGCUGCGCCACAUGGGGAAAGAAAAAGCAGGCAUGGAAGUUGAAGAAGCACCGAAGAAGAAACCAACUCCCGCCGACAAGAAGAAAGAGAAGAAAAGUGGCGGUGACGAGGACAUGAUGGAUAUGGAGUAAACAAACUGUACGGAUGUUUCUAAAGCUGCUAUUUUUCGCACACGUACAGGAUCUGCACGCGGAACAUCUCCGCCUUUUGAAAACGCUCAACGCGGCACUCCAUCUAUAAAUAUCAGUCCCGCAGGGAUUCCUGUGCUAAUGUUCAGACGAAAUCGGUAAAAGUAGGUUAAUCCAUCAGCAGUCUGAAAGCUUUUCAUGUUCUCCUCUGAAUUCUCUCUACAUGUCAGAGCCGGCCUUCCGAGACGAUCCUCGUUACGGUAUAUUGAUAAAACUAUAUCACAGAGCAGCUUCAAGCAGAACAGAGUACAGCUACAUAAAGACGCGAGGAGAAAAUGGAUGGAUGAUAUUGACUAGACGAACAGUCUUAGGACGUUAGUGUAUCGGAGCAUUUAUUAGAUUCACCGAGUCUUGUUUUCUGACCUGGCUCAAGUUUCUCCAGACUUUUUUGCUAUCUUGUUUGGUUUUCUGUGGCGUGGCGAAUUACAAUAAAAUCGGUGUUUAGCAGUG